AUGGAUGUUCAGGAAAAGCUGCUGUUACGUGAGCAACUGUGGCAGAGCAGAGUGGAGCUGCAGCAGCAGGCAGACUUCUGCUCUGGUCUGGGAUCUGCUGCCUGCAGUCUGCUGUGGAGCUGCUCUGCCAAGGAGGACACCGUCUCACUUUGGCUGGCUGAUGGGAAGCUGCAGGCCUUCCUUGCUGUAGCUGCUCAGACUCUAGAGAGCUUUGUCACGUCUUUGGAUGAAGAGGAGAAAACUCAAACUGAGGACUACAACUCCCACGAGCAUCAGUUUGUGUUGGCAGUGGCUGGGACCAUUACUAAUGUAGCAGCAGUAACGCAGGGGCGGGACUUCCUGUCAAGCUCAGCGCAUGUCUUGCUGGACACUUUGAUGAAACUUCUCAAGUUGAUGAAGCCUGGUGUCUUCCCCAGACUGAAAGUGUUGAUGCUGAUGGCGCUCUAUAACGUGAGCAUCAGUCUCAAAGGACUGAAGUACCUGAGUGAGAACCAAGGAAUCCUCCCUCUCAUCUGGAACCUGCUUGAUGACGGACACUGGGAGGUGUGUCUCCACUCCCUGCGUCUCCUGCAGUCCAUGUUGUUAGAGGACGAUGUGUUGCUCCUGUUGGGCUCCUCGCUACUGGAUCCAGACCUCUGUGAUCGCGUCAGCAGGCUCGCUGCCAGCAUGCAGCCAAGCCUGAGACUGACUGCUCUGCAGACCUUGGAGGACCUUCAGGCCCUCCAACAGUCACCCCCACGCUGCACACACUGUGCUGUAUCCAUGGACUAA